AUGAGUGGGUUUCCCGUUUCCAAACCUGAUGUGAUCUCCCAGCUGGAACGAGGGGAGGAGCCGUGGGUCCUGGAUCUCCAGGAGUCAGAGGAAGGAGAGAUCCUGAGAGGCGCCUGCGCAGGUGCUGGGAUGGUGAGUGAGAACGAGGAGCUGAAUCCUCAGCAGGAAGAAGCUGAGCAAGUGGAAGCACGUGGGGGAUUAUCGCAAGGAUCCCAAGGGAAUGUGUCCAGGCUUCAUGUGCAGAGAAAAGCCUCUGAUUGCCAGCACAGGACAGAGACGCAGCAGGGAAACCAGCUAGGCGAGAAACUUGGUAAAUCCCUUAAUUGUCAGGAGACUCUAACAGAUGUCAAGGAAAUCACAGCCCAGCAGAGAACACCCACAGGAGAAAGAAAAAUCACAUGCACCGAGUGUGGGAAACACUUCAGUAGCCGCUCAGACCUUAUGAAACAUGAGCGAAUCCACACAGGAGAGAGGCCCUAUGGAUGUGGGGUGUGCGGGAAAACUUUCAUCCAGAGCUCCCACCUUGUUCGGCAUCAGAGGAUCCACUCAGGGGAGAGACCCCAUGAGUGCGGCAAGUGUGGGAAACAGUUCACUCUGAGCUCCGCCCUCACUAGACACCAGAGGAUCCACACGGGAGAGCGACCCUAUGAAUGCAGUGAGUGCGGGAAAACCUUCACUGACAGCUCCGCCCUUAUUAAUCACCAGAGGGCCCACACGGGAGAGCGACCCUACACAUGUAGUGAGUGCGGGAAACAGUUCACUCGGAGCUCAGGUCUUAUUAUACAUCAGAGGAUCCACACAGGAGAGAGGCCCUAUGAGUGCUGCGAGUGCGGGAAAAGCUUCACUGUCAACUCAGACCUAAUUAAUCAUCAGAGAAUCCACACAGGAGAGAGGCCCCAUGAAUGCUGUGAGUGCAGGAAAAGCUUCACUCAGAGCUCAGCCCUUAUUAGACAUCAGAGGAUCCACACAGGGGAGCGACCGUAUAAAUGUUGUGAGUGCGGGAAAAGCUUCACUGUCAAGUCAGAUCUUCUUGGACAUCAGAGAAUCCACACGGGAAAGAUCCCCUAUAAAUGCUCUGAGUGUGGGAAAACUUUCACUCAGAGAUCAGCCCUUAUUACACAUCAGAGGGUCCACACAGGAGAGCGGCCCUAUGAAUGCCGAGAAUGCGGGAAAAAAUUCACUGUCAAGUCAGACCUUAAUAGACAUCAGAGAGUCCACACAGGAGAGCGCCCCUAUGAGUGCUGUAAGUGCGGGAGACAGUUCAGUCAGAAAUCAAACCUUAGCGCCCAUCAGACAAGCCACACAGGAGAAACCCCUUAUCAGUGCUGUGAGUGCGGGAAAGGCUUCAGUGUGAGCUCAGCCCUUAUAAUCCAUCAGAGAAUUCACACGGGAGAGAGACCCUAUCGAUGCUCGGUGUGCAGGAAAAGUUUCCUCCGCAGCUCACACCUGAACAGACAUCAGAGUCUCCACCGGAGAGAGUGACAGCAUCAAAACUUUGUGUAGGGCAGAGAAAAGAUUUUUUUUUUAAAAAAAACACACAUAUGCUAAUUCCCACACAGUGACCUUUUGGUUUGUUUGCACCGUUUGUGUCACCCUGUUCUCUCAGCUCCCUCAUGUAAGUUCCCCACUUUUGCCUUUUUGCAGGUUGGCCUUCUCGGGGGUGAGUCCCGCGGUCCUUUCUACCACCUCCUUUCUCCUGGGAGUCUUGGAAGUGUGUCCCCCUCCGGCCAGGUUUCCCUCAGCCCUAGGUGGGGGAAAUAGGGGUGACCUCAAGUAGCUAAACGGAGCUAAAACUGAUCUGGGCUUUGUCUCCUCUAGGAUUUUCCAGCCUAAUGUAAGCGCACCACUAUAUGUGCAGUGCUGACAGAGCCCAGGCACAGGGGUGGGGUUACCUAGCACCUUCCCCUCUGACCUGUCCUAAUCAACACCAAUUUUCCUGGUCUGGACAAGCCCUGAGCAUCACAUUUAUACUGUCACCAUGCGAUUGUUAGUCACCAAGGUCUGUUUUGUCAACAGAUUGUCUCAUCCCCAGUUGUUCUCACGCUGGUUCAGUUUGUGCUGGGCAGCAGGUAUUUUUCUUUUUACCAUUUCCCUUAUUGAAAAUCUAUUUCAAUAUAACAAAAAGGAGGAGCAGGAGUGGGACAAAUGUAUCUUUUUGGCCUUUGCUACACCAGAAGGAAAUGGGGUGAGUUGGAGGGAUUCCCUCCUUCCCCAUCACCACUCCAACAACGCUGGGUUCCGUCUGAGCCACAAUGGAGUUUAUCCACCUGUAUUCCCUUCCACAUCCCAAGCAUCAUAAUAGCAAUUUGAUCCUAAAUCCAACUCGUUAGGGCUGGAGAUGAAGGAUGGGGAAUUCCAAUGAAUCCCAAACACAGUGUGAUCAUUCCCAGUUUAAAUCCCAGUUUCUGUCUAUUGACAGAACCACUUCUGGGCUUUUUCCUCCUGAGCUGGGCUCAUUUGCAGAUGAGAAGGUCGGCAGUUUUUCCCUAUUACAAUGGUUUUUUUUCCUAAAUAACAUGACUCCAUAAUAAUGAAGUGCUGUUGAGUGAAGCAGGUUUGAAUGGAUCAGAGGAGAAGGCGACGGGGAAAUAUGCUGUCUUGAUUUCUGAGUAAUCAAAUGUAACCUGCUCUGGCAUUUCAUUUUGUACGAACAAGAAAGUGACUCUGUGUUGUGGGUUUUUCUCUCUCUCCUGGAGGCCAUUUGGUCACAUAACUGAAUAUUAGUGUUAUUCUUCAGGCAGUAGCGCAGAUUUAUCAGGGACUUUGGGACAAAUGACUGUUUGCUAAACAAUUACUGUCUUAUUUUAUUUUUAUCUUUCCCCCACCACUGCAUGAUGACACAGAAGAAGCUCAAGUGCAGUUCACUCACCAGGAGAGGAUGCUCCAAGCCAUCGGGCAUGCUACCAAGGAAACGGGAGUGGGUUUAGGGCGCCGCUGUGAAAUGGUGAACAGCACACCCAAAUUGUGCAACUAACUGAAAUAAUUGGGGGUGUGUGGCCUAUGAUUUGGGAAACGCUUUCCCUGUCUGUGUUGAUGUGGAGAAAACAGAAGUGUCAUUUUUGGUGAACUUGCGCUUGGUAGAUGCUGCAAAUAUUCACUACAAUGAAAUCAGUAGCCGCACACUAUUUAUUUUUUAAUAGAUUCUGCUCCUUUGGUGAUUUACAGGGAUUCUGCUGCAGGCGUGUAUUACUCCUGGGGGAAUUCUGCACCAAAAAAUAAAAAUUCUGCGCACAAUAUUUUAAAAAUCGGCAUAUUUUGUGUGUCAAAAUAACACAAUGUAAUCAUGCCAGCUUCAAUUAUUUUGGUAAUUUCAUAUUAUCUGUCAGAAAGUAUGUCUCUAACAAUACAGACCAAAAAAAAAAAUUCUGGUGAAUUUUUUUUUUUUUUUGGACAAAUAGAUUCUGAAAUACACCAUAACUCCAAGGCUGAGCUGGGAAAAUGUGUGAGAGAAAUAGUGUACAGGAGAACACAGACCCAGAUAUCGGUUAUUUCAAAUGGAAUUUGUUUUGACAAGCUCUAAAGUAAAAUUACUUAAGGAGACAAGUUGUGUAACCUUUUACCCAAUUAGACUGACUGGAUCACUGAUUUCCCCACUUCUCUGCAAAGCAAAGAUGUAUAACAUCUGUCAGGAGAGGCCCAUGGUUCUUUUUAUGAAUGGCAAUGGAUGCAUGAGCUAAUAGGUAGUUUUUCUGUUAUUUUUAUAGGAGCUGAAACCCCUUUUCCUUUUUU